CAGAGAGUGACAGAGAGAGCAGGAACAGGAUCAAGAAAGCUGCUGCCACACUGAACGAGACACAUUUCUCAACUUUGGUAUAAAUAUGUUGGACUUUUUGAUUUACUAAAAUAACACAUAUAUCUAAUAGAAGGCUAAAUCAGAGGCCACUAACUUUUUCCUGAUUUUGUUUGUUUACCUUUUGUUUGGUGAACCAGUGGAUUUCGGGUCAAGGGUUGGAGGAAAACCCAGAUAUCUGUCACGUAACAGUCGCAUGAUGACAGACGUCUCACGAUAUCUUAUCAAUCACCUGGUGACGUUCUCCCUGCAGGAUGGGGAGGUGAAUAGUGUGGAUGAGGCCCAGUCUCGUCUGUCCCGACUGGCCCGGGCGGAGAAGCUGUGGAGCCAGCAGAUAGUUCUGGAGAUUAGCCCUGAGGCCCUCCGACUCAGAGACACACAGAGCCAGGAUGAGUUGGAGAAGUAUCCAGUUGCAUCUAUCCAUCGCUGUGACGCCAUCCUCACUGAGAAACGAUUUCCAUCCCUCCUGUUACUCGUUUGCCAAAGCGCACCUCAGAUAAAGCCUGACGUUCUCUUCUUCAACUGUGAGACCGUAAGGGCAGAGCAAAUUCGUGACGACAUCACAAGGGCAGUGUCAGGUUACUCAUCGAGGUCCAAGAAGCGCCCAGAGGCCCUCAGACUUCCUCCGAUAGACCCUGUUCUUCCUCAAAAUACCAAAGCAGCGAUGAUGGACCCCUACGGAAUUCCGAGUCCCCCCAUUCCACAUGCUCCCAAUGCCCCGCCUGCCAACCCUCCACCCUACCCAGGAAUCAGAGCGAAUGGCGUCAACAGCGGGCAACCACCUGAUAGCUCUUUUCUACGAGCUGAGAAAGAAGUGGGGAUCCUUAAUCACUGUUUCGAUGACAUUGAGGUCUUCAUGGCAAAGCUCCAGCAGACUGCAGAAGCUGCCUCAGUUUUAAGCCAGAGGAAGAAGAAGAAGAAAAGUCGCAAGCAAACAGCAGAGGAGGACUUGCUUACUGCAAAAGCUCGCCCUCCACCUGAAGAAGAAUUCAUGGACAUCUUCCAAAAAUUGAAAUACUGCUUCAGCCUACUGGCUCGUCUCAAGUCUUCCAUCUCCAACCCAUCCUCAGAGGAGCUGCUCCACCAUGUGUUCAAACCUCUGGAUAUGCUGGUGAGGACUACCGGGGGCCCUGCCCUAGGGGCCUCAGUGACCAGUCCUGCCCUGACCAACUCAGCCGUAACCCUGCUUCAAGACAACCUGUCUGAGGAGGAGAGGCUGCUAUGGACGGCUCUGGGGCCCCACUGGACACUCCCACGUUCCCAGCUCAAAGGGCCAGUGGCCGCAUAUACACCGGUAUUUCUGGACGGGUGGAAGCCAGAGGCCUCCAGGGCAGACAGGCAGGUUUAUGAGGAUCCAGUUGAGUCACAACACAAACAUGAAGCCCUGAGAGAAAAACAAGAGUUGCAGCCUACUCAGCCAGUUGGACCUCCAGUCACCCCUAAGAGCAAUGAAAUGGAUAGCAGUGUCCUACCCCCCGAGGGAGAGAGGAUGUACAGUUGCAGCUAUGACUUUGUGGCCCGCAACAACAGUGAGCUGUCAGUACAACAGGGAGAUACACUGGAGGUCGUGGAGUCUUCCAAACGCUGGUGGAAGUGUCGUAAUCGCUUCAACGAGGUUGGCUUUGUCCCAUUCAACAUCCUGGAGCCAAUGGCUCACAUAGACAGCCCUGUCACCAUGAGAGAACCUAAGCCUCCGGUCUCACCUGCCCUGACCAAGACUCACAUUCCACCCAGCCCUCCAGCCUUUAACCCUAGCUCCUUGACUCCUAGCCCCUCAGCGCACCACCGCCCUCGCCCACUAUCAUACAACCAAUACAGCCAACACAUUCCAGCCGGAGAUGACGCAGACAAAGUCAUGAUGGUGAAUGACGAACUGCUCCAGAGACUGACCAAUGGGAAGGCCAACCUGAACAAGCCACUGGUCAUCCCUCGCUCGUCGGACACCUUGGUCCCCCUGGACUACAACUCACCCCCCGAGGAGGUGGAGCAGUGGCUCAGGGGCAAGGGCUUCAGUGAGACGACGGUGACAUUACUGGGAAAGCUGACAGGAGCCCUGCUCUUCUCUCUGAACAAAGAGGACCUACGACAAGUCCUACCAGACGAGGGCGCCAGAGUGUACAGCCAGCUCACUGUGCAGAAAGCACUGUUGGAGGACGCCCGGAAGGCCACUGAGCUGGAGGCAGUGAUGGAAAAACAGAAGAUGAAGAUGGAUCUGAAGCUGGAGAGUAGCACACUAUAAGACCCACGUUUCAGACAUCAUGUGUCACUCCCCCAUAAGGAAGACUCCAACUUAAAGAGAAAAAAGCCCGCACCACUGGCUUGAUUCUAACAAACAUUCAAAAACUGUCAGAUGUAACAUUAUGCAAAUAUUCAUUUUAUGGUUGCUCUUCAAGCCAGGCUGUGCAGUCUUGAAUCAAGGCUUUGUUUUUUUGUUGCAAAUGCUUGCUUCGGUUAAAACUUUUUAGGAUAAAUUGUCCUCUGUUAAGCCAAUGUACAAUUACACUUAGGCCCUGAGCAAUGAUCUCAGGCAAAUAGAUUAAUACAAUUCUGGGAUUUUUAUUCAGGCUUCAGAGAAAAUCAUCUUCUAGCAAAAUAAUGCAAACAGACCAAACCAAUACUAGAGCUGGCACCCAUUAGGAAAAGUUAUGCAUUCCUUUAUGUGUUUGCAUCCAAUUUCAAGUGACUGACAUACAUGAACCAACAUAUUCAGAAGAUGUACAAGCUGCGGAUUCAGCAUCAAAAUACUGGAAAGUAAAAUGAACAUAAACGGGUACUUAGGAUAUUGUUCCCAGCACCAGGUGUCAUAGUCCAAAACCAGGGUAACGUAACUCACUACCUGGGUAACGUAGCUGACUUGCUGGGUAACAUAGCUGACUUCUAGGGUCACAUACAGUCAUUCUCAAUCCAAAACAGCAUUUCCUACUCAAUCCAUUGGAGACAUGCAAAGUCCAUCAUGUCUACUACACAAACAUAGACUUCACAUGACAUGAAAACUUGGAACAAACUUGUAAAAUUCUAAAAAAAAAAAUAAA